CUGCCUUUUUCAAAAAACUAAAAGUAGGUAAAUAUAAAUCGAAUAUAUAGAUGUAAGAUAUAUAUAUAAAUCUUUAUAUCUUUUGCUGUGCCAUGGUUCAUGGUGUUUCUAUGGUGACAACCUGUUUCCUUAGUUAUGUUUACCAAUAAAUCAUUAACCAGUACUUUCCCGGGGUUCUAUCAUUUUAAGCAAAGAUAAUUAUUGUCUAAAUUUUUACAUUUUUAUGGUACAGAAAUUAUAAGCUAAAAUGUUGAAAAAUGUUCAUAAAUGUUCUGACUUGACAUAUCCAAUUGUAAAAUAUAACGAAACAAAUUUGAAGAUGCAAGAUGACCUGCUUAAUAUAAAAUGGAUAACUGAAACACAAGAUACUUUUGUAACUCCUCAAGUUGAAAAAGAAACAAUUGGAAAAAAGAGAGAGUUGUUAAUGAAAUAUUUUAGAAUACAAGCAUGUAAAGAAGCUUUGGAUGAAAUUAUAGGCAAUAAUCCCAUGCCAGAAUCAGUUUGUUCUACUGAAUACAUAAAUAAUUUCUGUGACAUUAACUUUAUACCUUUGAUCGAUGAUUCUGAAUACGAUGUUAAGAAAUUAGAUAAAAGUCCUUUAUAUGGAGGAUUAUCUAAAUCCUACUAUCAAGAACAAUUUGAUAAAAGAAACAUUAAAUCUCACUCUGAUUUUCGAAAUAGGAAACGACCUUUUGUUAAAAGAUCUAUAUUUACAACACCACCUGAAUUAGCAUUGGAAGAACCAAAAGAUGGGUUCUAAAAUAUUGGAAUUUAAAAUAUCGAAAAUCGUUGGUGUAUUUAAACAAUUUAUUAAGAAAUUUCAGAAUUAAUAAGAAAUACAGAAAAG